GUGGGGAUUUCAGCGGCCGGAGAGGGGAAGAGCUACCGCGGAAUGGGGACUUGCUUGGAGUGACGGGCUCGAGGGGCGCUCGCGACCCGCUGCUCCCGCCCUUCUCACGUCGGAUCGAUUCUGCUGACAGGUGUGGCCCUCUUCCCCGAAGACAGGAAGACAGGGUACCAUCGGUGGGCGUUCCGCCGCCUCCUAGAUUCCCCCGGACGUCCAGGCUUCCUACUCCUGUUGGGCCCCGGUCCGUUUCUGCCGCCCGCUCCUAGGGCACUGGCCCAGGCGGGGCCGAUGCUGGACCCAGAUUACUUUGGCGGCGAGCUUGACUGUUCCGCUUGUCCCUCCUCCGCGGCCGCGGAGUUUGACCACGCCCCUAGUUCGUGGAUGACUCUUCUAGUUCGGAGACAUUUUCUGUUCAUCAAACUUGACUGCAUUUGAGGCCCCCCGGGAAGAGUCUGCUGUGUGAGAUGGUGCAGCCCAGCGGUGGCCCGGCUGGGGACCAGGACAUGAUGGGUGAAGAGUCUUCUCUGGGGAAGCCGGCCAUGCUCCACCUGCCUUCGGAGCAGGGUGCUCCUGAGACCUUCCAGCGCUGCCUGGAGGAGAAUCAAGAGCUCCGAGAUGCCAUCCGGCAGAGCAACCAGAUGCUGCGGGAGUGCUGCGAGGAGCUGCAGCGUUUCCAGGGCAGCCAGAGGGAGGAGAAGGAGUUCCUCAUGCAGAAGUUCCAGGAGGCCAGGAAACUGGUGGAGAGACUGAACCUGGAGAAGCUGGACCUGAAGAGGCAGAGGGAGCAGGCCCUACAGGAGGUGGAGCACCUGAAGAGAUGCCAGCAGCAGAUGGCUGAGGACAAGGCCUCGGUGAAAGCCCAGGUGACGUCCUUGCUGGGGGAGCUCCAGGAGAGCCAGAGUCGCUUGGAGGCUGCCACCAAGGAUCGGCAGGCUUUGGAAGCCAGGGCCCGGGCAGCCAGUGAGCAGGCCCGGCAGCUGGAGAGCGAGCGGGAGGCACUGCAGCAGCAGCACAGCGUGCAGGUGGACCAGUUGCGCAUGCAGAACCAGAGCAUGGAGGCUGCUCUGCGCAAGGAGCGCCAGGUUGCCUCGGAGGAGAAGCGGAAGCUGGCGCAGCUCCAGGCAGCCUAUCACCAGCUCUUCCAAGAUUAUGACAACCGCAUGAAGAGCAGCCUAGCGAGCAAUGAGCGAAACCGAGGAAUGCAGCUGGAAGAUCUCAAGCAGCAGCUCCAGCAGGCCGAGGAGGCCCUGGUGGCUAAGCAGGAAUUGAUCGAUAAGCUGAAGGAAGAGGCCGAGCAGCACAAGAUUGUGAUGGAGACCGUUCCGGUGCUCAAGGCCCAGGCGGAUAUCUACGAGGCUGAUUUCCAGGCUGAGCGGCAGGCCCGGGAGAAGCUGGCCGAGAAGAAGGAGCUGCUGCAGGAGCAGCUGGAGCAGCUGCAGCGGGAGUUCAGCAGGUUGAAGGCCAGCUGCCAGGAGUCGGCCAGGAUUGAAGAUAUGAGGAAGCGGCAUGUAGAGGUCUCCCAGCCCCCUGCCCAAGCUCACCAGUCCUUUCACCCCGCGUUCAUCCAGAGAAGCCCCCCCGAGGAGCCACCUGACUUCUGUUGCCCCAAGUGCCAGUAUCAGGCUCCUGACAUGGACACCCUGCAGAUCCACGUCAUGGAGUGCAUUCAGUAGAGCCGCCUGCCGGCGACCAGCCCAGGACAGUGCAAUCUCCGCUUCCCUCUCCCGCCUGCCUCGUUCCAGGCGAGGUGACAAAGAGCAGGCUGCUGCUUUGAGCGCCACGAGCUAGCUGCAGGGACUUCCGCUUCAGCUUCCCCGGCUGCUGGUUUGCCUCUUUUAGGGCCCACGGUAUCCCAGCCAGUCCUGAUGCUCUGCUCUUUUUGUCCGUUCUGUCUGCUUGAACCACUUGCCUCUUGGGCUCCCUAUUCCACCUCCAUUGGGGAAGUCAGGAAUCAAGGUCAAGGCUCUCAGAGAGGACUGCUUCCCAGCCUGAGAUGGGAGGGAGCUCUUCCUUCUGGCCCAGCUCCUGCGCAUGCACUGCGGGCACAGUCCUGGGCUGUGUGCUCUUCCGCUGGGAGGCUGCACCACGGCAUUUGCCUUGUUGCCAGUCUUUUUAUUGUCAUAAAUAAUGCCACAGUGAAAA